AUGUUCACUCCGGAAGGUGUCCGGCUCGACGUCCUGUGCAUUGAUCUUGCUCAAUACCCCAAAAUCUCCGACAUCGCUAUUCGGUACACCGAACACAAUACAUGGCUCGAUGCAUAUGCUGUCGACCACUGCCUGCAGCGAGGCCGUACCCGAUCCCUUGCUGUCCUCCGCUGUAAAGACGGUGUGGGAAGACUCAUGGCUAUCCCCCUCUUUCAUCCGACGUCCAGCUCCAGCAAUGCGACGUCCAGCUCCGGCAAGCAGCAUGGCGUAUCCAUCGCCACCCACAUGCGAUGCAGCAGCUCGUGUGCUGGAAAUCCGUCCUUCCGUCUCAUCCGUCUAUCGGCCUUCGCACUAGAGACCAUACGAGACCGCCACCUCCUGUCACGCCAGCCCGCCACGGUAUUCUUCCUUCACAACUCAGGAUCGGAAAUUUUCUCUGCGCUACCUGCGCUCAGAUCCAACUACAUUGAUCUUUCGGAGAAGUUGUGGGAUAAGCGAAGCAUGACCCGUUCGGGCCCCUCCGAUUCCGAUUCCGAGUCCCCCCAACCGCCCACGCCGUCCCAGCGAGUCCAGCUUGCGCCUGCAUGCGAGGAAGAAUUGCUCCUCCUCGGGUUCCAGGUGUCCCCCUUGACUUUCGUAUGCUCGCGGGGCCAGAAUGAGGUCCUUGUAGAGACCGUGCUGUCAUCGGGCUUACUCGAGGGGACGUCACGCGAGCCGUUCCGGCAACACAUUCGAAUCAAACUCGUCAUCAGUCGCCCUGCUGGUGUAUUUGGCAGCCUGAGACUCCAACUCUCUGUAGCAAACAACUUCCAUUUUCCUCCAGAGCAGGACCAUACCGGCCUUGAAGGAGACGUCCAGGAAGGGAGCCCCAUAGAUCUAUGGAAGAUUGCAGCCGCCGACAUCUGCGCAUUCGACUUCCAGCCGCCUCUUUGCACGAUCGUGGACGCACCCUCCGCUGACAGUGCUAGUAGGGACGGUAGUCGCACGCUAUCCGUCUCCCAGUAUGUGACGAAGACUCGCCGGACAAUCGUGCGCACACAGCAUAUCAUCCACGGUUACUGGAAUAGGCAGUACACGCGGUGGAUGCAUCUGCUCGACAAGCAUGUCGUGCGGGACAUGCGGCUCGCGCUCGAGUGUCCGUGGGAGGCGUUUGACGAGAAUGCCAGCCCCGGGACUCCUGUGCUUUGGCUCUCUGUCGAGCUCUCUGAGGCUUACCGCAUGGCCUCGGACGUAAGGCUGCAACUUGAGUCUCGUGAUACUUGGUGA